UUGAUCCAUUACUCCUGUCCUGUCCCUCGAAGAGCGUAGAAGAGGAAGGGAGAUAGUGAAGAAAAGAAGAAGAAAUUGGCCGAAACAAACCCGGCAAACCGCCUCUUUUCAUCAUGGAACUGACGGAAUUGAUGAAACACCUGAAUAAGAUCAAUAUCCCGCGUAAAGGCGACAGGAUAUACAAGGACGAGUGCGUUUACUCCUUCGACACGCCAGAUACAGCCACCGGCCUCUAUGUCAACCUCUUCACCUUCUUGGGCCUUGGACGGGAGCAUAUUACUCAGUACUAUAAGAACACCGGCAAUUCCGUCUACCUUCAUAUUAAACGUACUAAGAAGGAGAUUUCACCCGAGGAACAGGGAGAUGGACCUGAAAAGAAAAUUACGCGACUGGCGAUAGGGACAGUAGGUGGAUUCAUGCCUGAUCAGCAGAAGUAUAUCUAUGAAGAGACAUACCAGAUAGUCAUUCUACCUGAUUUCCUUACUAUUGCUUAUCCUGGGAGCGAGUUGCCUGAAAAGGUGGAACAUGCAGUUAAGACUAUAUUACAAAUGGAAGGUGCAUGGGCGGUGGCGCAAGUAGAAGCCGUAGCCAGCAUGUGGGAUGGAGAAGUCAGAGCAGAGUCAAAACAUGCCGCAACUCUGAAACAGCUAGACAAUGGCAAGAAGAUUCCGCCGAGUGGUUGGAAAUGUGAGAAAUGCGAUCUCACGCAGAAUCUGUGGCUUAAUUUGACUGACGGUAGUGUGCUCUGCGGUCGUAAGUUCUACGAUGGAAGUGGCGGCAAUGGUCACGCGGAGGAACACUACCGCGCAACUGGCUAUCCUCUGGCUGUGAAGCUGGGCACAAUCACAAAGGGCGGUAAAGCCGACGUGUUUUCGUAUGAUGAGGACGACAUGGUAGAUGAUCCGAAUCUGACAGCGCAUCUGUCGCACUGGGGUAUCAACAUCGCUCAGAUGGAGAAAACAGACAAGUCAAUGAUCGAACUAGAAUUGGAUCUAAAUCAAAAGUUUGGCGAAUGGGUGUCCCUUCAAGAAGCAGCCAGCAAAUUGACACCAUUGUACGGCUCCGGCUAUACUGGAUUGACUAAUCUGGGAAAUUCUUGCUACCUCAACAGUGUCAUGCAAAUGCUGUUUAUUAUUCCCGAUUUCGUUAAAAGAUAUGUGGAGAGAGCGCCAACAAUAUUCGCUAAUAAUCACAACGACCCGGCAUCGGAUAUUAAUGUUCAAAUGGCGAAAUUGGGUAUUGGCUUACUCUCUGGCAAAUACUCGGAUCAACCGAGCAAAUCCGGCACGGACGACGAGUCGCGACAGGGUAUUCCACCGCGGAUGUUUAAGGUCCUGAUUGGUCGCGGACAUGCCGGUUUCUUCUCGAAUCGACAACAAGAUGCUCAGGAAUUUCUUCUUUACCUGAUUAAUUUACUUAGUCGCAACAAUCGACAUGAAGUGUGUCCCACGGAAUGUUUUAAAUUUAAAGUUGAGGAAAGAUAUCAGUGUGGCAAAUCUAACAAGGUUAAGUACACCAAUCGGCCGGAAUAUAUCCUGCCACUGCCGAUACCAUUAGAAGCGGCAGUGAAUAAGGAUGAGGUAGCUGCAUACGAGGCUCAGAAGAAGGAAGCCAAAGCGAAAGGGCAGAAGCUAGAUUCUAAUAAUCCCGUGAGACCUCGUAUAAAAUUGUCGUCAUGUCUUGAAAGUUUCAGUCGCACAGAAAUUGUGGAACAGUUUUACAGUUCAGCAUUAAACGAAAAAACGAUAGCACACAAAACUACCAGACUAGCCAGCUUUCCAGAUUACUUGCUGAUCCAUCUGAAGAAGUUCACAGUGAAAGAAGAUUGGACACCUAUUAAGUUAGACGUGGCGAUAGAGAUGCCAGACACGAUAGAUCUGAGCUUCUUACGCGGAAACGGUUUACAGUCCGGCGAGGAAUUGUUACCAGAUGGUGCGACGCCGCCAGCGCCCGUUUAUGACGCGAAUCUUUUAAAGGACUUGAUGGACAUAGGUUUUCCACCAAACGCGUGCAAGCGAGCUCUAUAUUUUACGGAGAACCGUAAUCUCGAAGCUGCGACCAAUUGGGUGAUGGAACACAUUGCAGAUUCCGACUUCGAUGAACCAUUCGUGCCACCAGGAGUCGACGUUAAAUCUAGCGAAGAUACAUUUGUGCCAGAUCAAGCUGCUUUGGAAAUGGUAAUGGGCAUGGGUUUUACGCGGGAACAAGCGACAAAAGCACUCAAAGCGACCAACAACAAUUUAGAGCGAGCGGCUGAUUGGAUUUUCAGUCAUCAAGCUGAGCUUGAUGCUCCAGAAACGGAGAGUAACGCGGCACCAGCGAAGGAAUCGUUCAGAGACGGAAACAGUCGAUACAAACUAGUGGGUUUUAUAUCACAUAUGGGUACAUCGACGAUGGUAGGUCAUUACGUUUGUCAUUUACUGAAGGAAGACCGAUGGGUAAUAUUUAAUGAUGAAAAAGUUGCUUUAUCAGAAAAUCCACCGAAAGAGUUAGGAUACAUUUACAUGUAUCAACGGAUCGACUAGUAUAACUGCUGUUUUGUAAAAAGAUGUUGCUUUUCAACAAUAAAAAAAUAAUACAAACA